UGUCUGGUUUGGGCUCUGACUGAAAAAGAACACUAACGUUAAUUAUUGUCACCCUCUCAUUCCAAAACUCUAGGAACUAUACUAUCCCUUUUUACUUGUUUCCGCCGCCGCCUCACGUCCCUUGCCGGAGGCCAGGGUCUUGGAUCCACCACUAGUCGUCGUUCCACCAUAAUCAAUCAGCAUCGUUGCCAUCAAUCACCGUGCAACCUUCCACUUCCACGUGAAAAUGAAGAGAAUGAUAGCAAUAGGAUUCGAAGGUUCAGCAAACAAAAUAGGUGUUGGUGUAGUAACCCUAGAUGGAACAAUUCUUUCAAAUCCACGCCACACAUAUAUAACACCACCUGGUCAAGGUUUUCUUCCAAGAGAAACAGCACAACACCAUCUCCAACACAUUCUUCCGCUUGUUAAAUCAGCUUUGGAAACAGCACAGAUAACUCCACAAGAAAUUGAUUGCAUUUGUUACACUAAAGGUCCUGGUAUGGGAGCUCCAUUACAAGUUUCUGCUAUUGUUGUCCGCGUGCUUUCACAGCUUUGGAAGAAACCUAUUGUUGGUGUUAAUCAUUGUGUUGCUCAUAUUGAAAUGGGUAGGAUUGUAACUGGGGCGGAUGACCCUGUUGUAUUGUAUGUUAGCGGUGGUAAUACUCAGGUUAUUGCAUAUAGUGAAGGACGGUAUCGAAUUUUUGGGGAGACUAUUGAUAUUGCUGUUGGGAAUUGUUUGGAUCGGUUUGCUAGGGUUUUGACACUUUCUAAUGAUCCUAGUCCUGGAUAUAACAUUGAGCAGCUUGCGAAGAAAGGGGAUAAAUUUAUAGACAUUCCUUAUGUUGUGAAAGGGAUGGAUGUAUCUUUUAGUGGAAUAUUAAGCUAUAUUGAAGCAACUGCUGUCGAAAUGUUAAAGAAUAAUGAGUGCACACCUGCAGACUUAUGCUACUCUCUGCAGGAGACACUAUUUGCUAUGCUGGUGGAGAUAACCGAACGGGCCAUGGCUCAUUGUGACACAAAAGAUGUUCUUAUAGUUGGAGGUGUAGGUUGCAACGAGCGCUUGCAAGAGAUGAUGAGAACAAUGUGCUCUGAACGUGGUGGAAGGUUGUUUGCCACUGAUGAUAGGUACUGCAUUGAUAAUGGUGCAAUGAUAGCAUAUACCGGUCUCCUUGAAUUUGCCCACGGUGCGUCGACUGCACUGGAGGAUUCUACAUUCACCCAGCGGUUCCGGACAGAUGAAGUCAAAGCAAUCUGGAGAGAAGCAAGUUUGGCAAAAUCGAAUAGUCUUGUAGACAAAUCAUCUGAUUUUCAAUCUUGAGGUUUGAGUACUCAAUUGUGACCGAGAGGUGUGAAAUGGAAUGGCCAUGGGACUAAUUGAUAUCCAUAGUCAAGUACAUUAAAUUUAUUGGCAGGGUAAAUUUAUGUAUGAAGAAACUCUUCAAUUUGUUUCAUAUCAAGGGUGUAAAGCUCCCUUUCCCCACCUCUCAUAGGAUAUGAAAAAUUUCACUUUUUCUGCUUUUCUUGAUAUUGAUAAUGUGCCACAAAACCAUAGUUUUACAUGUUGCUUAUUACACCCGUUGUUGAAAUGAAUUAGAAACUAUAGUGUACUACUAUUGAUCAUCCAAUCCACUAUGUGACAUUAUUAUGAAAAA